ACUUUGUGAAUGAUCUACAGUUUUAUCAAGGAUCUGACCAUCAGGCCAUACAGGGCCCCCGUAACACGAAGACAUGCGAUUGAUCAGGAUAGACUUUGCGUUCGACUCGGUUCGACUAUAAAAUUUAAUGAUUAAUUCGAUUAAUCUUUAAUAUCAUUGUUAAAAUUACUCGUUACGUUUUGUGUUACUGGAGCCUAUAUAAUCGUGUUUACUUUUCAUUUCCCCAUCACGACCGAUGAUGCAACUAGGUAUGCUCUUGAGAUAAUUUUGUAAACACAAGAGAGAGAGAGAUAGAAAUCAACCUUUAACAGCAGAGCUCAUCAACACGUGCAAGAUGGCGUCCAAAUCUGGUGUUUUGUUCCUGCUCGCUUUCUUGCUUGGAGUAUCUUUCAACUCUGUAGAGGGUCGAACAAUCUUUCCCAAUAUAAAGACAGUGACUAAUCUCAACAUUGACAAUUAUGUCGGAAGGUGGUACGAGAUGUACUCUGACCUGGUAGUGAAGGCCACAUUCGAAAGGAAUUCAUAUUGCACAACAGCCACGUAUGGGAAGAUUAACGAUACUGCUGUGACAGUAUUCAAUUCUGGUCGCCUUGGUUCUCCUACUGGCCCACCAUCCGAGAUACGUGGCAUGGCAUAUGUUGCUGACGCAGCUGAACCCGGUCAACUCAAGUUGAAGUUCCCUAAUAUACCUCUUGGUGAUUAUUGGGUAAUCGCACUGGGCCCAGUGGAGGACAACGAAUACCAGUACGCGGUGGUGACCGAGCCGAUGAUGCUACAGCUCUUCAUCCUCGCCCGAGACCCUGACGAGUUCCGCCAGAAAUACGAGGAUGACGUCCUCGACAUUGUGAAGAAUGCAGGGUUUACAAGAUUUUACAAUAAGCCAAGAGAGACCGUGCAAGUUCCCGACUGCAUUUACCCGCCAUCGAGCAAAUUCCUUUAUGAAAAUUGAUUCAAUUUUCGUUACGAUAUAAAUUACAACUGGAGAAUAUUCUUGUUACUGGUUGAUAUCUCAUCAUCAUUACCAUGAUGUUAUUGGCAAUAUUUCAGUCGUUUCAUCAGUUGGACAAUUGAGAGAGUGCCAAUAAAAUAACAUUGUAAUCAGAUUGUUC